GAAAACAUUACAUUUGGAGCACAGUCUCACAGUUUUAAAAAUGUUUUUGCAUUUUACUAAAGUCAUUGUCUAAAUAUCAGGUUUAAUCUCAUUCUUGAAAACAUUAUCCAAGACAAAUGUACAAAUACCUUGCCACAGUUUACGGGUAUGUGUACUUUUCCAAAACAGAUGAUGCAGCUACUCUGCAAAGCAUCACACAGUGCUCAACCUAAAAAACGUCAGCACGUCCCUACGUGCCCUUCUCAAACUGAGAUACUAAGGUUGCCUUUAAAUGCUCCUCGGACUCACAAGCUCUAUCUGCUCUUAGCAGUAUAUCGAGUAUAUCGCAACACUGACUGCAGCUAAACUGUGAUUUACUUUCCAGUUUUACCAGUAAUAAUACGGCUUUCUAAAGGGAUACUCUUCAAUACAGUUAAUAGCAAAAGAAACACAUAUUUGGUUGGUCUUUAUAGCGGACUCCGUGGAAAUUCCGAUAAUUCUUACAGCACAUUGAAGCCGACGUUAUUAUUUUGCGUAUGUGGUGUUGUUUGGCGAGCGAUGAAGAAAACAAUGUGAUGUUAUGAGUUUGGAGACGACGCUAACCUUUCUGAAGACAAUGCCUUGUGCACACUUAUUCAUGGCCUUCGUCUGUUGUAUUUGAAUCAUGUACGCUGUUGUUUUUGGAUCCGGCUGGUAUCCUACUUUGUGAUGAGAAAGGAGGUCUGGAGCCGAGAGAUCGAGAAUAACGGGACACAGCUGACGGUAAACACACGGCUGCAUGUUAUGUGUCAGAGUCGGGUCUUGUGUGGUCGCACAGCUUAUGAUACAGCUCACUUUUGCAGGAGGUUGAGAUAAGCAGCCAGACAUUUGAGUUUUAAAGCAGGUGGGCCAGAGAUGGGAAAUGACACCGCACUGCUCCAAAUUCAUCCGCUUGAGCGAAGGAGGAUAGCCCUACAGGAAAAAUAUCCUCGCAGAGCAAAGUGUUUGGUAAAAACACUGUUUUAACAACGUCACAAAACCAGCUUUACAACGCUGCAUCCCACUCCAGAACAGUGCCAACGUAGGUUUUGUUGGCGCGAGCAGUGUUGUUAUUUGUGUCCCAUCACUUUGCAGACAUGUCCUUCACAAUGGAGGAUAAUUUGGAGUCGGGGUGGGUAGCCGUUCGCCCGAAUGCGUUUGAGGAGAAGGAAAGGCAUAAAUUUGUUUUUAUCGUUGCCUGGAAUGAAGUGGAGGAUAAAUUUGCCAUUACGUGUCACAACAGGACGGUGCAGAGGAGAAGCUUUGGUAGGGAUGCACCGGUCGAGACAACCGGACAGGAUGGGGACAAAACAAAAUGGCCCGAAAGUCCCGUCAGAGAUAAAGUAUCUAGGAGCCCUAGCAAAGGAGCCCAUGACGCAAUGGUUAAAAGCAGCAGCCCUAAAACCAUCAUUGCAACAAAACCAAGUCCUGUCAAAAUUCAAAUGAUGGUGUCUGCAGCCUCUUCUGUUAGUCACGAUACUGAACUGUUAAAAUCACUCAGAGGGGACCAACUGUCUCCCUCACUGGACAGCUUGGACCUGGAAGAGCUGGACUGUCUGAGCAGGGAGGACUGCAGCUGGGCCGGACUUUUCUCCUUCCAGGACCUCCGGUCAACCCACCAGCAGCUGUGCUCGGUGAACUCGGACCUGGAGCCCUGCCUCCCGGUGUUUCCGGAGGAACCCGCCGGGAUGUGGACAGUGAUGUUCGGCCUGGCGGAAGUACCUGAGACCGAAAUGGAUGAGCUUUGCCACAGUUUACAGAUGUACCUAUGCCACGCGCUCGAUACAUGUGGAUGGAAGAUCCUUUCGCAGGUUCUGUUUACGGAAAAAGACGACCCAUAUGAGUACUAUGAGAGCCUGAGCGAGCUGAGGCAGUCCGGGUACGAAGAGGCGCUGAGCCGGGCAGCAGCACAUCUGCAAGAGCUGCUGGAGAAGCACAAGACCAUGGACAGUAUGGUGGAGCUGUUGAAGCUUUAUCAGGAGGAAGAUGAGGCAUAUGGAGGACUGCUGGAGGCCUCCACACAGCUGUACCAGUACCUGCUGCAGCCCUUCAGAGACAUGAGGGAACUCGCAAUGCUACGCAGACAGCAGAUCAAGAUUUCCAUGGAGAAUGAUUACUUGGGCCCAAGGCGGAUUGAAGCUCUAAAAAAGGAGGACUCUGACUGGCAGAAAAAAGCUCAGGAGGCAGUCCUCAACAUCCAGGAGUUUACAAUAAAAUACUUUGAGAUCACUGCCAGAGCCCAGAAAGGGGUGUAUGAGCGUAUGAAGGUGGACCAGCGUAAGUUUGGUAAAUCCUCAUGGACAGCGGCAGUGGAGCGCAUGGAGAGACUGCGCUACUCUGUCGCAAAGGAAACUCUGCAGCUCCAGAGAGCCAGGGAGAUCUGCCUGGAGCAGAGGAAACACACACUUCGAGAGGAGAUGCAGAGUCUGUGUAACUGUGAAGAUGCCAUGGCCCUCUUAGACUACAUGGAGACACAGUACUACGAGCGCCAGCUCCAACUGUACGACAUCCAGGCUGAGAUACUACAGUGUGAAGAGCUGCUCCUCACCGCUCAACUAGACAGCAUUUGCAGACAAAUUUCCGAGCGUCAAGAUGAGGUGGUGUACUAUGACACCUUUGAAAGUGCAGAUGAUAUAAAAGGGGAUGAUACGGUAGAGAGGGAAGAGCUGCGCAGACUUCAGGUCAGCGCUCGACAGCUGGAGGCAAGAAGGGGGCGCAUCACUGCCAAGCGCUCCUAUCUGAGGAACAAAAGGGAGAUCUGUGUAUCCAACCACACUCAGAAUCAGCUGAAAUGUCAAACCAUCCACAAGGACUCCCACCAGGUCUUACAGCUGAGAAAUGAAGAAGAGGAAGAUGAGGAGAAGAAGAACAGCAGAGUUAGUCAGGAGAGGCAUAGAACUCUGGACAGACUACGCACUUUUAAGCAGCGGAACCCAGGUCAGGUGAUUCUGAAGUCCAUUCGACUACGCGUGGCCCACCCCAGAAGAAGAGGAAGGGUCAUGGAAAUGAGUAGCGUGAGUGAGAGGGAGGAGCGUGUGGGUUCUGUCUGUGUCCAGGCGCAGGGCCACCCGCUGUGUCUCAGUACGAGUGUGCAGACGGACCCCAGCUCCACCCUCACCACUCAGCCCGUCACGGCCCUCACAGCAUCCCUUCCUCCUCUGCCUGUGCCCAUUCCUGCUGACUCCUCCUGCUCUCCCUGCUCCCUGUCCUCACUACUGGCAUCCCCCAUGUCCUCUCCUCCUCCACCUCCCCCUCCACCUCCCCCUCCAAUAAAGGAGGAGUUGUCACCUACCGGGAGCCCAGGUUGGCAUGGGCAGAAGGUUGAGGGGAAGAAUGCAGCAGAGGAGCUUCACCGCUCCCCACUCGGUCCAUUCAUCCCUCGCUUCUUUGACAGCAGCCAACUGUUGAGCGCCCGGAAAAAGCUGAGGAAGACUCCAGAGUUUGACUCCCACAGCAGAAGAGAGAGCUCGCCCAUGGACGAGGUGCUAGCCUCCCUUAAGAGAGGCAGCUUCCACCUGAGGAAGGUCGACCAGCGGUCUCUGCCUUCUUCCACGGGUGACGAUGACCCCAACAGCAUCCUGGUUCAGAUUCGCAAGGGGGUCAAACUGAGACGCGUCCCCAGGAAAGAGAGAAAGGACCAGGGAGAGCUCCCGGUCUCGACCGACCCCCUGACCAGGAGCAUCCAUGAGGCGCUGCGCCGCAUAAAAGAGGCCUCACCUGACUCUGACUCAGAUGACGACGGGCUGUCCAGCAAUGACUGGGAAAGCUAGGAUUCAAGGCUGAGGCGCAACGAAUAAUAAGCACACAGAUGCCUGCACCUUCUGACACUGCACGAACUGUACUGUACUGCACUGUAGUGCUGCGUUGUACUGUACACCUAUUUACAGUUACUCAUUCACUCACACUCAUGCACACACAGCCCAGUCACACAUGUACCUACCUAGUGACUAUGCCGGGGCCUGAGUCAUAUCGAAUAUCACCAAACGCUCCCAAAGUCUCUGGUCUAUCUGUUCAUUUGUUUUUCACACAACAUUUGCCACCAUAAAGGACAUUUGUGUGUUGAUUUCUACUGUAUGUUAUUAUGGUUUUGUUCCUGUAAUCAAAUAGUAAUGUUGUAGCUCUGCACUGGCCUUUUGUGGAUACAUUAACUUUCAGAAACAGCACAUAACACAUUUUACACCAAAACACCGCAAUGACAGUUAUAUGUGAAACUGAAAACCUCACAGUGCUGUGAGGUGUGUGAUCACCCUAACACAUUAGAAAUGAGAAACUGUAACACAAAUAUGUAAUGGUAUGGUUGAUCAUUUUGGGUAAUGUGGGAGAUUGAAAGACAAAAAGAAGAUCCCACUGAGAGUUGAACUGGAUUUACUGUCCAGAGUGUAAACCAUUACACCACCACUUCUAUUUUUACUCCACCAGUGUAUUAUGACUGAACCACACUGCUGAUUGCUGCUCAGCUGGGUUUUUUCCUGUCACAUGUGGGUGUGUUAGAGUCUGACAGUAUGAGGACUGUGCUUGUCUAAUCUGACACUGCACAAAGACCAUAAAUCCUUUAGUCUGUCGCACCAUGCCCCUCCCCCGCUCUUGUCCUCUUCCGUCCUUCACUACCCCCAAUUCUCAGCAUCCUCUCUGGGUGAGGGAAUAUAUAUCGACCCAUCUGUUCGACCGCAGCAUAUGGCCAGGCCGGUGGGAGGUAUGGAGAGUCACAGUAGGUUUAUCAUUAGGAUCCAAAACUCUCAACAUCUCUGAACAGAAGUUGGUCAUCGAGAGUGGGAAAGGAUUAGACAAAGGGUCACCUGCAGAACUGCAGUUUCUUUAGCAGGGUGGAGGUCAUGGACAGUGUCAGUCAUCUUUGUAAAGUGAUGGCUGACGUUGUUGGUGGUUCCCAAACUUUAUAUGUGGGAUAGUCACGGCAGAGCUGUGAAACCGUUCGUGCUUGUUUGAAUGAUGGAUGGUUUGUGGGAGGCUAGAUUCUCUCAGCGCCGCAGGGAGUCUCUGUGGGCUGUGGAGCAGGCAGUUGUGAUGGAUGUGGUUUUGCCUGACAUCUUAUUCACUUUCUCUCCUCUCCUCUAUUGCAUCUUUUUUAAUUUCUUUUCUCUGCACUCAGUGGGCAGAAGCACACAGUAGGAGGCCUGUUACUCACAGUGCUGGAAGGGAAAACCUGCUCAUGCACGCACAGACUCACACACUGAACUCACAGCCAACAUGUGCAGAAACAUUUUAGUAUCAAAGUGAUUCCACAGCCUCUACUCAUAAGUCUUCUUUUUAUAAAUGUUUUCAGCACUUUCGUGAUAUAUAGUACACAUUCUGAAUCACUUUAUCUGUACAGUAACAACUUGUUUUUGAAUCACUGGCGAAACAUUAUAACUGUAGUAGAUGAGUAAGUUUUAAAGCACUGAACAACACUGUGGACCUACAGAGGUGUGAUGGAAGGAUAGUAUGAGAGGACCAGUGUGAUGCUUAGCAGCAGAGGAAUUCAUGCUAACAUUAACAUGAAGCAAAAAGAUGUGAGUUCAUGGACUGAGCUCUGAGUCUGAAACAGCAUCAGCAUGCAUGUCUCAAACCGCUUUGAUGCAAAGAUUUGUGCUUUUUCUCUUGCUUUUGUAUUGAGAGCCAUUCACGGAUUAAUCAUGAGGCAGGCACUAAUGUAGAAAGAAGUAUGUGUUGCAUUAUACAUCUUGGUCUGCAAGCCAGUCACAAGGCUUUUUGCGGGAGCUCUUUUCCAGGGAUAGAUUACCUUUACACAUGAGGUGGAAAAACAAGAACAUUUGCUUUAAACAUUGUGUGCAUACACAUGUGUCUGAGUUUGUGAUCACUGUAAUCUACUUAAACAUUUUAGAGGAGUUCAACUCUGGAUAUCUCACCCUUAAUAAAGAACUCCAACUCCUCCUGA